GGCAGGCUGGCCGGCUAAUUCCACCUCGGAUGUUAGCGAAGCAUCGAAAAAGACCGGAGGUCACGGUAUGUCCCUUUCCAAGUCCAUCACCCAGUCAUUGUCAAAGAGUCUAAGCUUCACGAACUCGGAGAAGAUCGAGAAGAAGCGGAAGGCCCACAAACUGACGCAUCAGGUUUCCGGGGAAAAGGCAUGGUGGAUGGAUCCUAGUUCGGACAACGUGCCAGAGGGUGUUGAAAAAAUGAGCGUUCACAGCGAUGAUAUUAGCCAAGACACAACUGCCAGCAACGUUCUUUCUGACGACGGUAACUUUAAGCUGAAGAUCUGGCGGCAAGAUUCGAGUGACAAAGCGUGCUGGCUGGACGCGAACGAAAAUAUCCCGGAUGAUCUCAGAAAAGAGUCGUCGCCAAACUCUCGAGGUAGCACCAAGUCCGAGCGGCGUAAUCGAAUAAAGCACCAACAGUCGGGGGAGCGUGCGUGGUGGAUGAACGAGGACCCGGAAAGUGUUCCCGAGGGUGUCGAGGUGAUACUCCCGGCCCGUCGAACGCCGCCACCACAGAACAACGAGAACUCGAAUAAUUUCAACCAGAAAGAGAUCAGCAAAAUAAGACACAUCGACUCUGGGGAAAGGGCGUGGUGGAUGGACAGCUCGGUGAACGUGCCAGAGGGAGUUGAAACAAUACGCGUGGAUACUUCGAUCAGCACUUCUGACUCCUCGGAAUCCCUCGAAAACGUCGAGAUUGGCCCCGUGCCACCACCGGAAGUGCAGCUUAAGAGAAGUUUGUCUAGGUUUCCAAUUGAAUUCCCACCGCCUCCACCCGACGAACCACUCGGAGAUCGCGCCAGCCCCGAAGGGGUUGAAAAUCCUCCAGAUCCACCGGACAGUUACGGUGGGCGUAAUUCUCCGUACGACAACGUGAAGCCUGGGGUUGAAUCAGCCAUGAGGAGAUCACAGCCCAGGAAGCGGCCAUCAACUUUGCCGCUGUUCAUCGGCAACCAUACCAACAUCGACGACCUGCUCGGUGUCACCGCGAUUCCACAACACAGUCCGUUGACCUCCCGGAUCCACAUGAAGGAGUGCAGCCAAGAAUCGUCCGAGGAAAGCUCCGAGUGUGAGGAAAUAGACGCGGAUCAGGUCAUUAUUCACGAUAGCACUCCGCAGAUCCCGGUCAUACGCCGAAGAAAUAGGGACUUGGACAGGCCUCAACCGGAUGGCUACAUCCCACUUGACGAUACGGCUCUUCAGUUAUACAAGGACGGUGACUACGGUGCCUACCUAGACCUGGAAGCUUCCAUCACCGAGCAACAAGAGGAAUUCGAAGGUUUUCAGACUAAUCGCAAGAAUUCUAUCGUUCUGAGGACUCAACUAUCCGUACGAGUGCACACGAUAAUCGAAAAAUUGCUCAACAGCGAAGGUAGAGAGCUAAGGCGGGCCUUGUUCUCUCUAAAGCAGAUCUUCCAGGAAGACAAAGAUCUUGUACACGAGUUUGUACAAAAUGACGGACUGGCCUGCCUCAUCAAGGUUGGAAACGAAGCUGACCAAAACUACCAGAAUUACAUACUUCGCGCCCUCGGUCAGGUGAUGCUGUACGUCGACGGAAUGAACGGAGUUAUGGAACACGGACAGACGGUGCAGUGGCUCUACACGCUUAUCGCGAGUCGCUUCCGUCUGGUGGUGAAAACCGCUCUGAAACUUCUCCUGGUAUUCGUCGAAUACGUCGAGACGAACAGUCUGCUCCUGGUGAGGGCGGUGAGGUCCGUCGAUACGUCUAGGGGCAUGAUACCGUGGACGAACAUCAUGAAGCUCCUCAAGGAUCACGACGCUGCCGACACCGAGCUCUUGAUAUACGCGACAUCCCUCGUCAAUAAGUGUCUUAACGGAAUACCCGACCAGGACACCUACUACGAUCAGGUCGAUUGUUUCGAGGAGCAGGGGAUCGAGGGUAUCAUUCAGAGGUACAUGUCCAAACAGGGCACCGACCUAGAUCUCCUCAGGCAGUUUCAGAUAUACGAGGCUGUACUGCAUCACGAGGACGGCGAUGACAGGGGCACGCCCAUACGUCAGCUCGACGACAAUAUCAGGAAAACUCUUCGAAACCGGAAGUCGCUAGUGGAUUCGCACGAACGACGAAAGUCUCGGAGGCACUCGACCGGCACUUCCCCUCUUUCGAUGUCCUUGAAUGCUCGCCUAAGUCCGCGGCUUAAUCACACUUUAGGUCUCAGCUCCCUGAACAGCACCCUGAAUUCAGCUUUGCCAGAUGACGGCGACGAGUCGAGUAGCUCCCAGAGCUCUCAAGGCCUAGGAGAUGUUCAGCUGAACGGCAGCUACAAGGAGAACAAGGUCGACGUUGGUGUUACUCCGGCACUGCGACGGCGUCGAGAGCGUGCGGAGAGGCAACGCAGCUUCAUCAGAGAGCAGCAGGAGGCGACUGCAAACAUGAGGGCGUCCAUUGGCCACUCGGAUGACCAGGAGAGUUCUCUUCCAACUAACGGUCAUCGCUACGCGAACGGAUCACCAUACGACGGAAACGCAGAUUCACCCUCCAAUAAACUAUCUCGCGGCAGUAGUAGAAAAGAUUUGACCCCUCUGAUGAACGCAGCUAAUAAGCUUGAUUCCGAGGAAAAGAAACCGUGGUACGGCAAGAGCCCGGACGAAGGCGUCGAAUGCGACGAGGGAAAUCACACCGACGACGACGAGGAGCGGGAUCGGCGAGUAGUUCUGCAGGUCAAAAGAGAAGGAACGGUCAAAGACCUUACCCAGAAGUUGGCUGCUCAAAACCUCAUUCCAACCAGCCCGGUCGAGGACAAAGUCUCGAGGAUAGGCGACAUGAGCGGCUUAAUAUCGAAGGCCAAGGAGGGCUUGGCGAAAUCAAAGUCCAAAGCGGACGUCCUGAAGUCACCCACUGGAGAUAAUAUUCCAAAGAUCACCGAGGUCAAGAAGUCAGAGAACGAGUUGCAUUGGGAAGAACUGGCAAGCAAGCUGUCUCGACCUUUAGCCUUGUGCGAUCUCGAUUUUACCGAUCUCAACUCUGAGGACGAGGUUGACGUUCUGAGCCCCGUUAGCGUGGUGAACGGCGUUCCGCCUCCGCCGCCUCCCAUGGCUCCUUCUUCUGUGCCAGGACGAGCUCCGCCUCCGCCACCCCCCGGGGUCCGGCUGCCGCCGCCACCCCUCCCCAACACUUCGCUCCCUCUAUUUGGGGUGAAUUUGAAGUCCCAGAGGUCAUCUCCGAACGGGGACUCGGCUGGCUCGCCGAGAAGUCCGAUCCUUGCUAACAAGAAAAGCAAGAAGACGGUUAAACUGUUUUGGAAGGAAGUUAGGGACGAUCCAAUCAUACUUUCGAGAUUGGACAAAAAUAAAAUGAUAUGGGAUGAGCUUUCUCCCGUACUCGUCGACACUCAGAAGCUGGAGCAUCUCUUCGAAAGCCGUGCAAAGGACUUGAUCACGAAGGAGAAACAGCAAGAAAUGAACAAAAACAAGGAAAUCAUCGUUCUGGACCACAAAAGAUCGAACGCAAUAAAUAUCGGAAUGACGAAACUGCCACCGCCAAGAUCCAUCAAGACCGCAAUUUUGAAAAUGGACGCUACAAUCAUGAAUAGGGAAGGAAUUGAGAAACUGUUGACAAUGUUGCCAACCGAGGAAGAAAGAUCGAGGAUACAAGAAGCCCAAGCUGCGAAUCCAGACCUUCCUCUAGGCUCUGCCGAACAAUUCCUCUUGACACUGGCGUCCAUCUCAGAACUUCCCGCGCGAUUGAAAUUGUGGGCUUUCAAACUCGAUUUCGAAAACUCCGAAAAGGAAAUAGCGGAUCCCUUGAUGGACCUGAAGCAAGGAAUGGAGACUUUAAAAGUGAACAAGACAUUUCGCGGAAUUCUGAGCACGCUUCUCUCGAUCGGGAUAUUCCUAAAUGGAAACGAGGUGAAAGGAUUUCAACUCGAGUACCUGGCCAAAGUACCUGAAGUCAAAGACACUGUACACAAACACUCUUUGCUACAUCAUCUCUGUCACAUGGUAAUGGAAAAGUUUCCUGACUCGACCGACUUGUACUCCGAGAUCGGUGCCGUGACUAGAGCAUCAAAGAUAGACUUUGACGAAAUCUCCAGCAGCAUAGGAAAGUUGGAAAACGAGUGCAAAGCAUCCUGGGAUCAUCUGAAAUUGAUUGCCAAACACGAUGGUUCGACCAUGAUGAAAGUGAAGAUGUCUGACUUUCUGUCUGAUUGUGCCGAGCGUAUAAUCGUCCUCGGUAUCGUACACAGACGAAUAAUAAAUCGAUUUCACAAGUUCAUACUUUGGCUGGGUAUACCCCUCCAUCGUCUUCAAGACACGAAGCCAAACGAGUUUUGUAGAAUAAUAUCCGAAUUCGCUCUCGAAUUCCGAACUACAAGGGAGAGGGUAAUACAGCAGCUGGAGAAGAAAGCCAAUCACCGCGAGAGAAAUAAAACGAGAGGAAAGAUGAUAACAGAGGUUGGCAAGUUUCGAACAAAAGAAGACAGGGAAGACGCGGAGCUGAGACAAGUCCUGGGAUGCGAUAUCUCAAAUGUCGAAACAAUUCACGGAACUCUGCCGUGGAGGAGACAACGAAAGGAAGGUCGCACAGUCCUGGGUCCCCUCUUGAGGGACGAAUCCACGAAUGGCAAUCUGACCGACGGAGAUGACGAACUUCUCGAGUCCCUCGUCAAGACUGCAACGAAGACUCCGGCCACGAGGACGACACCGCGUGAACGAAAGCGGACACGCCACGCCGAUCGUAAGUCCCUGAAGCGAUCUCGAACCCGGGAGAACAACACAACGCCGGAAGGUUAUCAGCCGUGAAGAACUAUUCACGUCGUCUGCCACAAGUGCGUAGAACAUUGAAGAAUGGUCUCUCGGAAGAAGAGAAGAAGCACAUCGCCGCAUACAUCAAGGGCUAUUGACUGUGAUACAUGGAAAUCGCGCGAGCGGAAGAAAUCUCGGAGUUUUUGACGGAAGCUGGGCGAAGACUGCGCCGUCCAUACUGGCGAGGGCUGAAGCAACUCCUGCGUUUUUAAGCGACGCGCGUUUCAGAAAGUUAUGUUAGUCUUAUCUCGUAAACUCCUUCUACUUUUUUUUAGGAUUACACCGGAUCCUAAGCCUUCCUAUUAUGAAUAUCUUGCCAAACUUGCGACAGUCAAAUAUUGGCUGAAGCAUUAUUAAGUAAACUUAUUACGUAUAAAGAUGAAACUCGAUGAUUUCGGUCCAAAGUAUAUACGCAUUAUACAUUACGAGUAAAGUCGUAAUAUGAGAGAAAUUCUGGGUACUUUACUCGCCUUAAGAAAUUAGUACGUUGUGUAUCUAAGGCGGAAAAAAAGCGAUUACGAGUAUACGAUUUACUGCCUGAACGAAACGAGGUUGGUGAUCACACGAGUGGAAUCGCCUUCCGCCCAUCAUGCGCAUGAUUUGUUUUUUUUUGUCGUAGUCCUUUUGAAAAUUCGCCUUGUCGCGCAUGUGAAACGGUUGCAAGAAAUUACUGUUCUCGUGUGCACUUUACAAGCGAGCCGACAUGAAACUUUGCACCCGUUACGAGUGUGCAUGAAAACGGCAAUUUUGCGCCGGUUUCACAUACGCGAAAAGGCGGUGUCUCAAGGGGGGUUGGACAAAAAAGUAAUCCGUGUAGGUAGGUAUCUAUCCAUCCAUCUAUCUAUCUAUCUAUCUAUCUAUCUAUCUAUCUACCUACCUACCUACCUAUCUACCUACCUACUCACCUGCCCGCCUACCUGUCCAUCCAUCUAUUGGUCUACCCUUCUAUCCUUCUAUUCCUCUAUUCAUCUAUCUACAUACCUACCUACGUAUCUAUAAUCUAUUUAUCCAACUAUGUAUCGACGUAUCUAUCAAUAGAUCGUACUCGAUUCCUUUGUAUACUUGCCUCUGUUCGUAUGCAAUUUGGGCAGGUAAUGAAUCCUCACAUUUAAAAUACUUGCAGUACACUGCAAGUUGCGGCUGCUAGUCACGCCGAAACCCUGUCAGCGUUCCUUCAUUUUCAAUGCUCACGAUCAAACUCGAGUAAAAAAAUUACUAUUGCAUCGACUACUUUGGGGAUUGACGGAUAUUUGUCGUUGAUGUUACUACAAUUUUUGUAACUGCAAUUUUUCUUCCUGGUAAACUGGACUGUCGAUCUAGUAACUCGUGUUAUCGAAGUAAUUUCAACAGGACACUACGUUACCUUUCAUUUUCCCAGAGUUGUCGUAAAUCCGACAGUAAUAUUUUUCCGUAUAGGUAUAUCCGUCACACUUUAUUCGUUAUCAUUAUCAUGCGCUGGUUCAUUGUGAACUGAAGCAGACGAUGAAUUCCUCUCAUUCGAUAUUACGAAUCAACGAAUGAUAUGCCAUUCUUGAAGUCCGUGGGUUAUCCCCGUGUUUCCAUCUUUCAAGAAUCAGAACCGAGGUAUUGCAGACUAGGUUUUCCCCGCCCGAGAAUGCAACUACACGGAUUCCUAACGGUUCAAGUUAGGAAACAGUUCAGUCAUGUACGUACCCUUAUAUUUUCAAUGCAGAAUAUAUUUCAGCUAAUUUGAAGUAGAGACGAGCAACGUUGCAUAACUGUCUGGUUAGAUGGUUGUGCAUAUAAUUGUACUGUGCUCUGGUAUAACACGAAACGUGCCGGUUACUAUUUCAAUUUUUUUCUGAAUGGCCAACUUGGACGUGUUCGAACAUGCUUUCGUACUAUUAUUCAGCGAUCCUGCAAACACAACGAUUUCAAUUAAUUUCUUUACCUGCUGUUAUCGAUCCACUUAGAAUUCUCCACCACGCUGCAAACUACCUCUGGCAUUAUAUCACGAAUUAUGUAAAAUACAAAAAUCGGUCAAUAAUUAUGUUAUAAAGGCGGGGGUUUUGGUUUAGAGUUGUAAUGAAAAAGUGGUGAUAAGAUUAGCUUUUGAUUCGCGAAUUGUGCCUCCGUUAUUUUUAAUCUGGAUCUAACCGUGCCAGAUAUAUAUUAUAUAUAAUGCCGAAAUCUUUCCAUAAUCUGAACAUCGUAUGAAAUCACAACGAAUGGAGAUUUCUAUUAAAAUAUAAUAACUGCUAGAAGUUCGCUAAAUUGGGAUUGGAGAGCAACGUAGGUAGUCAAAUUUUUUUUCUAUACCAUAUUCACAAUACCAUACACUAUUAUACAUCUAAUAAAAUGAAUAUAAUUUAAUGUUCAAGUGUCAUUUUAUCAAGCGCGGAAGCCCUAUUGCAUGCAUCAAUUUCUUCAACGAUACAAAAUUGAGAAUGUAGAUCUGCCAAAGCAUCCUUUUCCCCGCUCGUGUUUCCUAAUUAAAUUCGACAGAAAGAAUAAAAGUCUAAACGUCCAUAUAACAAAGUGUGUUUGCGACACAGUUUAUUCAUAUUAACCUUCCUCCAUCUUUAACAACGUACAAUAUUCAAUAAUGAAAACAUUGUUUGAUAAUAAUAAUAGUAAUAAUAAUAAUAAUAAUAAUGAUGAUAUUAAUAGUAAUGACGAUAAAAAUUAAUAGUCAUAACAUUAAUAAGAAAUGAUAGUAACAAUGAUAAACAUUUGUGCGAUAUAUUUUGGAAAGCUUGAGAAUUGGGGACAGCAAGACUUCAGAUAAAUGUUUUUUUUUUUUUUUUUCUUCGCAACAUCAAUAAGGUGGAGGUAAGUACAUAAUGUCACACACGAUCGUAGAAAUAAGAUCUAUUAUUAUGUAAAAAAACUCCCUUCCGAAUUAUCAUAGUCCUCCUCUGUACACGGUAAAUACUUGCAUAUCUACCGAUCGCCGAAACCGCGUUUUCGAAACGCAAGUAGGAUAUGUUCUAGGCAUACUAAAUAUUAAACAUCGGCACGGGUAUCAAUUG